CGUGGAGCAGUCUCAGUCAGACAGAGGAGUGGUGCGAUCAGGGAUCAGAGGAGAGCCACAGGUGAAAAGUGGUGUGUUCAGGGACCAGAGGAGAGCCACAGGUGAAGAGCAGUGCUGACAGUGUGGUGAAAUCACUGCCCUCAGAGACAUGAAGCCUCUGGUAUUACCCUGCGUGGCUCUGCUGCUGUGGUUAGGCCUGAGUUCAGCCAGGACGAGGUCUGGACCACGACUUUCCCACGAGACUGGACUGAGUCUGAGGAGGACCCACAGCCGAGCAGUGGCCUGGUCUCAGGCCUGGUCUCAGGCCUGGUCCUCAGGCCUGGUCUCAGGCCUGGUCUCAGGCCUGGUCUCAGGCCUGGUCUCAGGCCUGGUCUCAGGCCUGGUCUCAGGCCUGGCUCAGGCCUGGGCUCGGCCUGGCUCAGGUCUGGUCUCAGCCCUGGUCUUACCCCCUCAGGACCUGCCGACCUGCCUGCUGUGCGUGUGUCUCACUGGGUCUGUUUACUGUGAGGAGGUGAAUCCGGACAUGACCACUGUCCCAGCACUGCCCAGAGAAACGGCCUAUCUGUAUGCACGCUUCAACAAGAUCAAGAAGAUCGGCACCAAGGACUUUGCAGAUAUGUUGACGUUGAAGAGGAUCGACCUCACAGGAAACUUGAUCUCAGAGAUCGAGGACGGGGCCUUCUCUAAACUGUCUCUGCUCGAGGAACUGUCUCUGGCUGAGAACAGACUAGUCAAACUGCCCAUGCUCCCAGCCAAACUCACCACCUUCAACGCAAACUUCAACAUGCUUAAGACUAAAGGAGUCAAAGCCAACGCCUUCAAGAAAUUGACAAAGCUGUCCAACCUGUACCUGUCGGAUAACCAGCUGGAGGCAGUUCCCCAUAUCCCAGAGAGUGUGAGGACUCUGCACCUGCAGAACAACAACAUCACUGAGGUGAGUGUGGACACGUUCUGUCGCUCCAACGACACAUAUUACCUCAGGCCAAGAUUGACUGAGAUUCGACUGGAUGGAAAUCCAGUGCUCCUGUCCAAGAACCCAGACACCUUCACCUGCCUCAAUGUGCUGCCAGUGGGGAGGUACCGCUGAGACUAGAGCUGAGACCAGAGCUGAGACCAGAGC